AUGAAGAGCUGGGCCCAUGUUAUGGGGAACGGUACCAAGACCGUGCUCAGCCCCUCCGGCAGUCGAGAAGUGGUCUACGAGGUCAACAUGCUGGGUUGGAGUAAUCGGGGUGUCGUAGUACGUUUUCAGGGCAUGCUGGUGGGUCGAGGUUGUAGUGCGGCCCUGGAGGUUCGACUUGAUACGCGGGCCUGGCAACCAGAAAUCGACCUCUCAGCCUACCAAGGCGUAGAAGUUGGGUGGGGCCGAAGGCCAAGGAAGGAGCAGCCAAAGAUUGCUGAAAGAGAAAAGAAAGGGCGAAUAAUUCAAUCAAGAGACAGAGUGGUCGAGGUCCAGCCGUCCCAGCGCGCUCAACGCAAUGAGCGAGCGACGAACAAUUUGGGUCGUACAUUGACUCAGAAGAAAAAAGAAAAAAAAGAAAAGAAGGAAAAAGAGAAGGAAAUAGAAAAAGGAAAAGACCGAAAGGGAGGACUCGGCGUGGUUGAGGCACUGAUUAGGUGCGCACCGGACGGACGGCAGCCAACACAAUUGAACGUCAGAUUCUUGCAAUUGGCGACGGCCUACCACGGAGAAAAGAACCACUUCAAAUUCGGAAGCAGGGUCGGGUGUAUCGCUGCUGUUGCUACUGCGACAUGGCAAAUGCGAGACCUGUGUAUGGAUGUGCACAAACGAAUUCCUCCUUCUGGCAUCCAAUCUUGGGGAUAG